AGAGUGUGUGUCAGAGGGAGGUUCCAGUUUGUGAGGAGGAAGAAGGCACACAGCUCAUUUUUUCAUUUUUAUGUGAGAGCAACUGAGUGGAUCUGCUGCACUAAAGAACAAGAGACCAUCACUCACAAACACACACAUACACACACACACACACACACACACACACACAUGCAGAAGAUUGUGUGUCCAAUGCUCGUGUGUUUGUUGCCGUGAUGAUGGACUCUCAGCACCGAGCAGCGCUGGACAUCUCCACCAAAAACCCACAGGAUGACUUCGAGAUGCUGCUGCGGGUCGGAGGAGGGACAUACGGAGAAGUCUACAAGGCCCGGAAUAAACAGACAGGAGAAAUGGCUGCCAUAAAGAUAAUCAAGAUGGAACCUGAGGAUGAUUUCUCGGUGAUCCAGCAGGAAAUCGUGAUGGUGAAGAGCUGUAAGCACAGCAACAUUGUGGCCUACUAUGGCAGCUACAUCAGGUCAAAUAAACUCUGGAUCUGUAUGGAGUACUGUGGAGGGGGCUCCUUACAGGAUAUCUACCAUGUGACUGGCCCUCUUUCAGAGCCACAGAUUGCAUACGUGUGUCGCGAGAUGCUACAGGGGUUAGAUUACCUGCAUGGCCAGAAGAAGAUACACAGAGACAUCAAGGGUGCCAAUAUUCUCCUGAACGACAAUGGCGAAGUCAAAUUAGCGGAUUUCGGAAUCUCGGCGCAGAUCACAGCAACGUUUGCACGUCGAAUGUCUUUCAUAGGGACUCCAUAUUGGAUGGCACCUGAGGUAGCAGCAGUGGAGAUUAAAGGAGGUUAUAACGAGCUGUGUGACAUUUGGUCAGUCGGAAUCACGGCCAUUGAACUUGCAGAGCUUCAGCCGCCGCUAUUUGAUGUUCAUCCGCUCAGGGUUCUCUUUCUCAUGUCUAAGAGCGGAUACCAACCUCCCAAACUCAAAGACAAGGCUAAGUGGUCACCUAUGUUUUAUAACUUCGUAAAGGCAAUGCUAAUCAGAAACCCAAAGAAGAGACCGAGCGCCAAGAAGAUGCUCACGCACCUGUUCGUGAUGCAGCCGUGUUUGAGGCGAGACUUAACCCUUGAACUGCUGGAUAAACUCCAGCAUCCUGAGAAACUCAAAGAGUGUUUACAACUGGACGAUGAUGACAUAGAGAUGCCAGUGCCGCAUUCUCUGAGACGGAUUCACUCCAUCAACCGACACAACCGGGCUGAGAGGACAAACUCAGACAUUAACUUGAAUCAGAUCUACACGCAGAGACCGGUGAACCGAAAACAAGAGUCACCAGAUACAACAUUACAGGCUUCAGUUGGACGUCAUUUGUCGAGUUCUCCAGACGCACGACUCAAAAGUCCGACCAGAGAGGAGAGCACGGACACCGAUGACGACUACGAUGAUGUGGAAAUCCCUUUUAAUCAAUUCAGCAGUAACACACUGCCAGCUGAUGAUGUUCCUCCUCCACUUCCUCCGAAGCCGAAGAUGCGCAGCAGUUCCGAAGAGAGCAUGACUGCAGAGGACGAACGAGCCAAAGUUCAGAGUCUCUACAUUCCGUCUCCACUGCUGAGGACCAGCAGCGGGACACACACACGCAGUCAACCUGUGCCACGGCCACGCUCUGUCCGGAACGUCAACUCGGACCCUUCCGCGUUUUCCAGUUUCAGGACAGACAUCUCACCGGACCAGCCUCCUGUAUUACCGCCCAAAUCAGACAGGAGGCGCCGACAGCCUGUUAAGGAGCCGCCUGAUCCAGUACAGAGGAAGCUCCCGAUCUUCUUUAAAAAGGUUUUUAACGGCUGCCCUUUAAAAGUCAACUGCUCUACGACGUGGGAUCACCCCACCAGCAAAGACCACCACCUGAUCCUGGGCUCCGAUGAAGGGAUCUUCACGUUAAAUCUGAACAGCACGGAGGCCACACUCGAGCUGCUUUUUCCACACAAGUGCACGUGGGUGUACACCAUCGGCAACGUCUUAAUGUCCAUAUCAGGAAAGUCCUCCCAGCUACAUUCCCAUUUUCUCAAGGAGUUGUACGAGCAGGCUAGAAAAGAACAUCGCGUGGCACUUCCAACACACAGAUUGAUACCCAGGAAGUUCACCAUCACCUCAAAGUUCCCAGACACCAAGGGAUGCCGAGCAUGCUCAGUGGUCCAGAACAGUCAGCGAGGGUGUGUGUUCUUGUGCGGUGCUUUGGAGUCCAGAGUGGUUCUGCUGCAGUGGUACGAGCCCAUGCAGAAGUUCAUGCUCAUAAAGGACUUUGACUUCCCGCUGCCGUCCCCCCUGCGUGUGUUUGAGAUGUUGCUGGUUCCGGAUCAGGAGUACCCGAUGGUAUGUAUCGGGAUUAGCAGGGGUGCGAACUCUAUGCAGCCUGUUCACCUGGAGAUCAUCAACCUCAACUCCAACACAUCCUGGUUCACCAGCACCGGCGUCGAAAACCAAAGCAUGGAGAGAGUUCAGGUGAAUCAGUUGGACUGCGACACACUCCUUGUUCUUAUUGAGAACACAGUGCACAUCGUGAACGUGGACGGGUCACUGAAGAGCUCCAGGAAGUUGCAAUCAGAAGUCAACUUCCCUUUGGACAUAGAAUCAGUAGUGUACGUUGAUGACACGUUGUUGGCUUUGUGGAAACAUGGCUGGCAGAGGAGGGGUGAAGCGUUCUCGGAAAUCCUGCAGGAGAUCAAUGAACCUAAGAAAAUAUUCCGGCUCGUUGGAUCAGACAGGAUGGUCGUGUUGGAGACGCGGCAAAGUGAUGACCAAUCAGGACUCUGUAAUCUCUAUGUCCUGGAGAUUGCUGAGCAUAUUGUUGUCGUGUCAUGAACACACACACACACACAAAACGUGUACACACACACACACACACACACUUUCAUAACUUUUGCAAAUAAAACAAAACCAUGAACACUGCCAACACAAAAGUGGAAAGCUGUGUGUGCACCACAAACACACAUCUCUCCCAUUAUGUCUGCUGUGUGUGUGUGUGUGUGUGUGUGUGUGUGUGCGUGUGUAUGUAUGUGUGUGUGUGUGUGUGUGUGUAACCCACACAGAACAAGACUCUCUUAUCACUUUGGCCUGUGUGUGUUUGUGUGUGUUUGUGUGUGUGAGUGUGCGCAUGUGUGUGUGUGUGAGUGUGUGUGUGUGUGUAUGUGUACAAUAUUCUGCUAAUUAAACAAAUAACACCA